AUGGCGUUCCUCUGGUUUCUCUCCUGCUUCACUUUCAUCGGAGUCACUUACGGUUGUGGGUCUCCAGCAAUCACCCCUGUUGUCACAGGCUAUACUCGCAUUGUCGACGGUGAAGAGGCUAUUCCAGGAUCCUGGCCCUGGCAGGUUUCCUUGCAGAGUGGCACUGGUUGGCAUUUCUGCGGAGGUUCUUUGAUCAAUGAAAACUGGGUUGUCACUGCUGCACAUUGUGGUGUGAGUACUGAAGACUUUGUUAUUGUUGGUGCCCAUAACAAAAGCAUAAAAACAGAAGUGGGCCAGAUAUCCAUGUCCAUUGCCAAGGUCAUUACGCAUCCCAAGUGGGACAGAUUCACCGUUAAUUAUGAUGUUUCUGUGGUCAAGCUUGCAUCCCCUGCUCAUUUCAACAGUAAAGUGUCCCCUGUCUGUCUGGCUGCUGCAUCCGAUUACUACCCAGCUGGGAUGAUGUGUGUCACAACAGGAUGGGGAAGGACUCGUGCUCACCGUACGUCACGACCUGACAAACUGCAGCAAGCAGCACUUCCUCUGCUUUCCAAAGCAAGUUGCAUGGAGUUCUGGGGUAACAAGAUCACUGACAUCAUGAUCUGUGCUGGUGCAGAUGGUGCCUCUUCUUGCAUGGGUGACUCUGGUGGCCCUCUUGUCUGUCAGAAGAACAAUGUCUGGAACCUGGUUGGUAUCGUUUCCUGGGGCAGUGGCACUUGCUCCAUCAAUAGACCUGGUGUCUAUGCCCGUGUGACUGAACUCAGAAGCUGGAUUGAUGAGACCAUUGCUGCCAACUAAAUGCAAA